CCACAGCGUCCAGUCGAAUGAAAAACACAGCCGCCUCUUUCAGAUCAUUGUUAGAUGCGUUUUGAUCAUGCCGUCAACACGAUUAACAGUUUUUCCUCGUUCGGCGAUUUUAUAUCUUUUAGAGGAGCAACUUUCUCAAAUGCAGUGAUGUCCGUGUGAGGAUGGGCGACUGGAACUUUCUGGGAGGGAUUCUGGAAGAGGUUCACAUCCACUCCACUAUGGUGGGGAAGAUCUGGCUCACCAUCCUCUUCAUCUUCCGCAUGCUGGUGCUGGGUGUGGCGGCCGAGGACGUGUGGAACGACGAGCAGUCCGACUUCAUCUGUAACACGGAGCAGCCCGGCUGCCGCAACGUCUGCUACGACCGCGCCUUCCCCGUCUCCCUGAUCCGCUACUGGGUCCUGCAGGUCAUCUUCGUGUCCUCGCCCUCACUGGUCUACAUGGGCCACGCCAUCUACCAGCUGCGCGCCCUGGAGAAGGAGCGUCACUGCAAGCGUGUGGCUCUCCGGCGCGAGCUGGAGACGAUGGAGGCAGAGCUGGCGGAGGCUCGGCGGCGGGUGGAGCGGGAGCUGCGGCAGCUGGAGCAGGGGAAGCUCAACAAGGCUCCGCUCCGGGGCCCGCUGCUGCGCACAUACCUGGCGCAUGUGGUGACCCGCUCCGUGGUGGAGGUGGGCUUCAUGACAGGCCAGUACCUGCUGUACGGGCCCAAGCUCCAGCCUCUGUACAAGUGCGAGCGGGAGCCGUGUCCCAACGUGGUGGACUGCUUCGUCUCGAGGCCGACGGAGAAGAGCGUCUUCAUGGUGUUCAUGCAGGGCAUCUCCGCCGCCUCGCUGCUCCUGAGCCUGCUGGAGAUCCUGCACCUGGCCUACAAGAAGCUGAGGAAGGGGCUUCUGGACUACUGUCCGCCGCUGAGAGACGACGAUUGUGGCGCCGAGAGGAACUCGCUGCUGCAUCAGGGGCGUAAAGCCACUGUCCCAAUGGCGGCCGGUGGAUUCGCUCCGCUCCUGGAGAAACAGGGCAACGGACCCGCGUACCCCGCGCUCGUUAACCCCUCGUCUGCGUUCGUGCCCAUCCAGGUGCGACAGGAGAACAAGGACAUCGUUUCCAGUCUGCUGCAGCGCAACAGCAAUUCCAACAACCCCUGCAGCGAGACUCAAUCCCCAGCAGCGCAGACUCGGCUCCCGGUGGAGUCCCAGUGCUCUCUAACGGAUCCGCGCAAGCAGCAGCGAAACAGUCCGGCCUGGAACGGCGGCACGGCGGCGGAAGGGAACGGCUCGGACAGCGCAGACUCCAAGCCCAGCUCCGGCUCACGGCAGCACGGAUCCGCAGGGAAUCCCACGACUCACCCAACAGACAACGAGCUUCACUAACGAGCGGCAGCAGACGAGCCGCCAGCGACCUGCAGAUCUGAGGCUCUGUGUGCCUCUCUCACAGGAAUCAGUUUGGAUCAAAGGGAUGGCUCAGCCAAAAAUGACCAUUCUGUCAUAAUUUACUCGCCCUCAUGAC